AUGCCUUACGACUGUGAAAAGCCUUUCAGAGGUCCGUUACCCCCUGGCAUGCUACCCGAAGCUUGGGGUUAUCCUUUCCAUGCCGCAUGUUGGAAGAUCUUGAACACUUUCGGCACUGUCGACCAGAAAGAUCUUCAAUCCAUAUUGAAUCUCUGCCACUCAGCUCCUAAGCAACUUGGAAUGCUCAACUGGGGCCAUGAUUAUAGAGGACAAGCCUGUCAUCGACUUCAAGUCGCUCCAGGCGAGGAGAACUUUCUAGCCUGGUCAUACCGUCGCGACCCAGAUGCCAAUCCAUACAGCAUCGUUGAGCUAACGCAGAUAUUCGACAACCUCGCAUCAAAUAUCUUCAACAACAACUUUACGGAAUCCGAACCGUUGUCAAAGCUUCACCGGUUCACAGUUUGUGACCCGUUUCUCGGAUUGCCCGCAGAUAUUCUUUUAGAACUUGUUAAUCAUUUGACCCUCUCAGAGGUCACUCUCAUGAAGCGAUCCUCACGAGCUUUCACCAAUCUCGUACUGCCCAGUCGGUUUUGGAAGAACAGGUUUCGACUCGGACGAGAAUUUGACUGCAUUUUUGAGGCUAAAAAGCAUACUGGUGGAAACUGGGAAUCCAUAUACAGAGCGACAAACGCCUUGAAGUCUGAUAGAAGGACUCGAAACGCUCUGCAACUGAGACGCCACGUUUGGGAUUUCUCUUCUCCCAUGUAUAAGCUUCUCCAAAGUAUGCGGCAAACUACUUGCGAUGGACACCGCGUCCAGUCCAUGUUCGAGCCAGAUGCAAUGCCAGCUGAGCUACUUGAUCAAAAGAGCUGGUCCAAUGUCAGUAGGACACUCAGUCCUCCCGGGAAACUGUUCCAGAGAGGAUGCAGAUUCUUCUAUACUCGCAUGCUGGUGUUGCCCAGCAACCCAUCUGCUGUCUACGUAUCGACAAUUGACAUCUUUGAGCGACGCUACGUAUCCGGACUGAGAUUCAGUGAUGGUAACAGUAAAGACUUUACUAUUGGCUUUCAACACCCCAGACAAGAGGAGCUCCUAGCCCAACAGGCAACAAGUAUUCAGAUCAAGGGCUUUGAUGUUGCUUUUGAUCAGCACGGAGUGAGGGGCAUCUGCAUACUUUUUGGUGAUGGCACUCAAUCUUAUUGGGCUGGGGAGUACGAGAAUAUACCCAAGCGAAGGGUACAAGGUUACGCAGAAGAAGACACUGUUACCCAUCUGAUGGGCGGGUUUGAUGCCGCGAAGCUAGUGAUCAUAGCUAUCAACCGAGACCCACCAUCCUGGGAACCAACGAUGUCUACACUAUGGUAUCCCGAGAUACCAACCCCCGACUUGCUUUUCCCAGGACUUGACGCCACUAUAAACAACCCUUUCAGGCCCAGUUCGUCAGUUGAACAAGAUCUACCGGCCUGUUUUGCGCUUUUCCCCAAUGGUGAUCCAGGCAAGCUCCGCAGGAUCAUCGUCAAGCAUCGUGUCCAUUCAAAGGAUGUACUCAAGAUUGAAUAUGUGAACAUGGCCUCAAUAGACAAGAGCCAAAGUGAACUCGGUUACAGACGCGCAGGUGGACGAUACAGUACAGAGUACGACACCAGCCGCAUUUAUGUACAGAGUUUCCUUAUCGAUGGCCCAGGCGGAGAGCGUAUCGAGAGUUUCAGUACGCUUUGGACUCACACACUCGUAGGAUUUGAGGUGAGAAGGCGCUUCGUUGGCCCGACGAACAGAAACUGA